UGAAGUCCCAGCUGCAAUGGGAUCAUAAAACCUGAAGUGCUGAGAUAAAGUCUGUUCAAUUUAACAGAUAAGAUAAAUCGGUAAAACUUUGCUCAGAACAUGUUGGCUCCAUAGAUCACGUUUGAAAGCAAAAAAAGGAGUGGCUUCACAUUGUUAAGAUUUUCACACUGACCGACAGUCACAGUCAGUUUAGACCAGCCAUGGCAUGGACCAUAAGUCUUCUGUGCAUUACGUGGGCUUUGUCUGUCCAAAGUGCUCCCAUAGACGAGCGUCGCCACAGAGUCCUGCUCGUCUCCUUUGACGGUUUCCGCUGGGAUUAUGACCGUGAUGUGGACACACCGAAUCUGGACAAAAUGGCAGCGGAUGGAGUCAAAGCCCAAUACGUCACUCCACCAUACCUCACCAUCACAAGUCCAACACACUUUACUCUCUUAACAGGCCGCUACAUUGAGAACCAUGGUGUGAUCCACAACAUGUGGUUCAACACUACUACACAGGAGAAGAAGCCGUACUAUCAAACUCAGUUUGUGAACCAGUGGUGGGACAAUGGCAGUCUACCAAUCUGGAUUACAGCCCAGAGACAGGGCCUAAAAGCAGGAUCCAUUCACUUUCCUGGCACAGCAGCAAGUUAUAAUGGUGAAGUUGCCUCGAUCCAGGAAGUGGAGCCAUUGCUUUACAAUUACAAAAAUGAGACAGCAUGGCGAGAAAACACAGACAAGGUGAUGAGCUGGUUCCGGGACCAGGAUCUUGACUUUGUGUCCAUGUACUUUGGCGAACCAGACGGUACAGGCCAUAGAUAUGGACCUGACUCUCCACAGAUAAAGGAAAUGGUCAAGCAAGUGGACAGAACUGUGGGAUACAUCCGACACAUGGCCGAACAACGUGGCCUAACUGACAGUCUUAACAUUAUUAUCACAUCAGACCACGGCAUGUCAAAUGUGUACCGCAAUGGUCUAGUGGAGGAGAUCACCCUGUCUAAGAUUCCGGGAUUCUCCUUCCGGGAUCUCUCAUUUCACAUAGUGGAUUUUGGACCCUCCGGAAUGCUUCUGCCAAAGCCAGGCAAGCUCGAAAAGGUCUACACAGCUUUGAAGAAUGCACAUCCACAUCUCCAUGUGUACAAGAAGGAGGAGAUGCCAGAACACCUUCACUUCGCCAAAAAUGACCGCAUUCUGCCCAUCAUUUUAUGGUCCGACCCAGGUUAUGUGAUCAAUGGGUAUUUUCCCGUCCAAUUCCAUAACGGUGAGCAUGGCUUCGACAACCAAGAGAUGGACAUGAAGCCUUUCUUCAGGGCAGUAGGUCCGUCCUUUCACAAAAACCUGGAGGUUGGACCAUUUGAGACAGUAAACAUCUACUCUCUGAUGUGUCACAUCCUUGGCAUAAAGCCAGAGGUCAAUGACGGCCACCUGGACAACGUCAAACACAUGUUGGUCACCAGCACGACUGAGCGAGGAAUCCAGGUGAAUGUGCUCCAAAACACCUUCACUGGAGUCGCUGCAGUGGCAGGAUUUUUGGUUGUGGUGUUUGUGUUGAUGACUUCACAUGCUGUAAUCAAGAACAAACGCAAAAAAGAUAAAACAUCAGAAAAUUCCAAACAAAUUCCAGAAACAGAAUUUACAAAACAAACUUCAUUUUGAUCACAGAGAAAAGACACCAAAAUGAAACAUAAACAACUGCUUGGUGAGGCACCCGUUUGCAAAUAAAAUGCAAAUUUAAAUUAAGAAAAUAAAAUUGAAAUAAAAAAUGGA